AUGAUAGAGCUGGUUCACGACGGAGCAGGGAGGCUGCGCACAGCUCAGCCCGAGACUGGCGCCUCACAAACGCUGUCGGAGCUCGGCGUGGCCAACGCCGAAGAGAGCGACGUCGACUUUGUCAUCCACGCCUUCGACUCGGCCCUUCCCUACCUCGCUUCCAUCGGAUCCGAGGCGCAGUGGGGGACGACGCCGUUCUCAGAAAAGCCAAAGGUCAAAUCGUUGUUCUCCGCCUAUGCUCAGCGCAGCUACGAUAUCUACAGCGCCGAAUCCAGCUCCGUGACGGAUGAGAAGGACUGGAAGCACCUUGUUUUGUACGAGGUUCGCACGCCCGAUGGACUCUGGACACGAGUAGCCGCGCUCGGCGUUUCCUGCGACUUCCCAGACUACGUCCCCGAAAGUCUUGCAGGCGAGGGCGCGAAGGCUGCGGGCAACUACGCUUACCUCAACUACCUCAUCUCGGACCGCCGCGCCGGCGACCUCGCCAAGGGCGCAGCUGCCAACCUUAUCCCCCUCGCAGAACGCCAGGCUCGAGCCCUGGGUAAAGCCAUCUUUUACGGAGACUGCUGGCGCGGCAACAACGACGGCCUAAUAAAGUACUACGAGCGUCUCGGAUUCCAACCCGUCGGCCCCUUCGAAGUGCCCGAUAAGCACGGUCCCAAUCUCGAAUGGACAGGAUACCUUUUUUCUAAGCAGCUGUAG